AUCUGCAUUUCACCUUCACUGUCACACUUCUGUGAUACAUGUUGAGAGAUUCGGGUGCGUCGGGCGCAUGUGGAAGACGGCUUCUCGGAGGAUCCAAUCCUGGUAUCCUCAGAUAUGCCGACACUUCUAUCUGCAGUGGAGGCUCGUCGCCUGCCGUUACUGUUCGAUUGCUCGCUGCAGCGACAGUCAGUAAACGUUGGUAAGUGCGGUAUUAGUCAUGAUCACUUAUUGACCGACGGCACAUGUGGUCAAAGGAUAGAUAAUUGUUCGCUAUGGCCUGCGCAGAUGCGUGGUUGUGUACUCUUAACGCUCCGUUUCCUUUUGUUCCAAUAUGUAGGAUACACAUUCGUGUAUAGCGCACCAUGAGCGCAAGGUUCAGCAAGGCCAGAGGCAGAGUGCGCACCAUCCUAAGC